AGGUUGUUAUCCUUUCUUGACAGCCAAUGAGUAUGGUGUUACCUGGAGUUGUUGGAUUCAAGUUAUCAGGCAAAUUGAAAAAUGGUGUCACAGCUACUGAUUUGGUUUUAACAGUCACACAAAUGCUAAGGAAGCAUGGUGUUGUUGGGAAGUUUGUUGAAUUUUAUGGUGAUGGUGUGGGUGAAAUAUCAUUAGCUGACAGAGCCACCAUUGCAAACAUGUCUCCUGAGUAUGGUGCUACAAUGGGGUUCUUCCCCGUAGAUCAUGUCACUCUACAAUAUCUCAAAUUAACUGGGAGAAGUGAUGAGACUGUGGCAAUGAUAGAAGAAUAUCUACGUGCAAACAAUAUGUUUGUUGAAUACAGUGAGCCUCAACAAGAAAGAGUAUACUCAUCUUACCUGGACCUAAAUCUAGAAGAUGUUGAACCAUGUAUCUCAGGGCCAAAGAGACCUCAUGAUCGGGUACCUUUGAGAGAAAUGAAGGUUGAUUGGCACUCAUGCCUUGACAACAAAGUUGGAUUCAAGGUGAGGAUAUAA